AUGCAGGUAGCUUCUUAUCUGAUGGGCUGGCCUGAUCACUACACUACACAUGAGUUUGUCAAUAUUCAUCUCAUCAGUGUUGAAAAUUAUCUACCAUCGGCCUUAAUCAGUGAACGUUCUAAGAAACCGAUGGGUAACGAGAUUCAUUCUUUCCACCACGUUGGGGCGACACUUCAAUAUUUAGAAACACCAGGUGUAUCAGACGAUGACGAAGAAAUCUUGAACGAUACUGAAGAACAGUUUCUUGUACAACCCAGCGAAUCCUCGACCAAAUACGUAUUUGUCAACACUCGCAUAAACUAUCAAUAUCGCUCAGCGGCGCUUGAGAAUGUCCCUUUGUAUGAUUACGUACGUUGCUACCGCAAGAAGCCAAGACCACCAGCGGAACGAGAGUUUUUCCAAACAGAGCAUCCUCAGGCAUCUUCGCGCAUGAAUAUCAAACAUGGUAGUCAGGAGCAGCUCAUCAUGUGCGUACCCGGAUGUGGUGGUACUGGUAAAUCUCAGUUGAUACGAGCCAUUACUGCUUACUUCGUUGAAACAAAACGAGCACGAAAACUGUGCAAACUCGCUCCAGCAUCAGUGGCAGCAGCUGAAAUUGAUGGAAUGACCGUUCAGUCGUUCUUAGGCGAGGGAAGAAACAACAAGCGAAAGUCCAAAUCGGAUCGUGCUGGCCAAACCAAGUUAGAAAAUGAAUGGCGCUUCGUUGGAUAUGUCAUUCUCGACGAGAUAUCCAUGGUUGGUCUAAGCUUGCUGGCCCGAUGGAGUAACGUUAUCGCGACAGCUAAACACGCUGGUCCUAUUGAUCCAUUUGGUGGUGUUAAUCUUAUUUUGUUUGGUGACUAUAUGCAAUAUUCUCCUGUAUUCGAUCGACCCCUUUACUAUGAUUAUUCGUCAACUAUGAGCAAUUCAUCAACUGGAAUCAAGAAACCACCGACAGAAAACGAUAUUCAGCAGAAGAGUGCUCGUGCAUUGAUUCUGCAAAUUAACUGUGCUCCAGUCCUCGUGUAUCGUAAUGAACUGCGGACCGAAUUGAACAAUCAAGCAGUCAUCAGUAAGGCCGGUCAACCGCCAACCGUAGUUGUGGCUCUAGAUACAAUCAACACAAAAAAAGAACUGGAUCUUCUCGACCAGAGUAAACGUCUUCUGGCACUGCCUGAUAACAAGCCUGACCCUAUUCCUGGUUAUCUGCCACUCGUUCCUGACACGCCUGUUUUAUUGCAAGAUAACAUUGCUUGUGAACUUAGUCUUUCGAAUGGUACACCAGGCAUCUUCCGCAAGUUAGUUUACGAUGAAACAGCAGAACAUACAUCGGGUUCGAACGAGAAUUCAGAGACAACGUCAUCACCUCAACACUAUCAGCGUCAACGUUCCGCUCGAAAUUCCAUUUCGUCGACAGCCGAUUCCUCGCCGAUUGCUCCUGUCAAAGAUAGUGCUCCGAUCCGGCGAUCGACAGUAAAUAGUCGUAAUGCCUCGAAACGCGCUCGACCGUUCGUGAAGUCUUCUCAACAAUGA